GACGACGCGCUCGAGCUGCACUUGGAAGGUAGCUGAAGUCGUAAGCAGUUGUCGCUUCCUGAAGAAGUGUUUUGGCUACCAAGUUGUCAUGUUUCGCUGCGCGUUUCUGAUUUUGUUCCUGGCUCUUGGAAAUGGUAUGUUUACAGAAUUGAACGAAAUAUUGCUUUGUGUCAUCGUUGGGUUAUUUUGUGAGCCACAAGAGGAAACUUUCGGUGCUCCGUCACUUCAGGCGGCAGGCCUAUCUUCAGCCAGAUUGCUUGAGCUAACGUUAGCUAGCUAUUUCUUUGCUGCGCCAGUAGCUAGCUAGGCUAGUUAGCUAGUUUUCUAUCAAACGUUCGCUAUAGCUAAGUUUAACUCCACAAAUAAAUUAAAAGUUCACACUAAUUCAUGUGAAUUUCACGCAACUUUACCGGCAAUCAAGGCCUCAAUCUAAGACAUUAAGUUUAUGGCACUGUUGACCUGUCAUGCUAAAUUAGCUAGCUAGUUGUGGUUUUAAUAUCUGUUUUCUCUUAGUUGACAGGUCAUGUUACAGAAAUGACUUCUGGGUGGACAGGGAAAAUAACAGCUGUCUCUAAAACACACAAAGACAUGUUUGACAUUGUCUUUCAUUUGGCUUAGCUAGCAAUAUCGUCCUUAUGUGUCAUUAUCAAACAUGUCAACGACGACAUCGACCAGCUUCAUUCGCCCUAUUCAUUUUGGAACAACAUGUGACGCCAGUAGAUGACUGAAGUUGACUCACAACUCGUAGUUUGCUAGGUAGCUACUACUCCCACAUUUGCUUAGUUAUCAAUAUGCAAUAUACUAGCUAGCUAAUGUUAGCGUUACUGUUGCAAAUCCAGUUCAAUCCAAAAUCUCAGCAAAAUUUACAUUUAAGGAUACUCACGUCAGUAACGUUAGCUGUAUCUUAUUUAUGAUAUAGGCCCUUGAUUUUAAACUUCCUAGCUAGCGAGUUGACCAGGAAGUUGUCUCGUGACCAAGUAUCUGCUGAUUGCCCUUGUUGUUUAACUGUAAAACAGCUGCAGUAACAUUUUAAACCUGCACAGUUACCUAAGUGAUUGCAAUAGCAGUUGCUGUCUAUAAACCAAUCUCCUUGUUAUGAUUGAUAGAAGGAAUUUGAGCCCAUGGAUAUCUUUUUUUAUAGUCUGGAUAUUUUUUGGCCUCCUGCCCUGGCGUUGCCAGGACUCACUUGAUAUUCAAUACAGUCAGAAUCCUUCUAGUUUUUUUUUCAGCAGUAAGUCUCAGAUUUUUUUUUAUUGAUCAUUUUUUCCUUGCAUUUUUUCCUUGUUUCCAUUUUCAUUAGAAUGUUUUCAGUUGGUCUGAGAAAUGGCCCCAGUCCUCUGUUGCAAGCUAAGGUCUCUGAUAUCAGGUCACUCAGGGUCAAGCCUAAUUGUUCAUCAUGAUAACCUACCAGGGCCGGUUUCACAAAAGCAUCUUAAGGCUAAGUUCAUCGGUAGAACCUUCGUAGGAGCAUCGUUAAAUCUCUGAGCUGUUUCCCAAAACAAUCCUUACAAAAGUUGCAGUUGAAAAUGCUUGUUAUUUACUGACUGCCUCAGACCACUCGUAGACCAGCUAAGUGCGUCGUUAGAUGCUUUUUUGCCCUUCCAUGUCACAUUAUUCAUAGAAGAUCUCUGCUAAACAUAGAAUCAAGAUAUUUAUCUGUCUGACUGUGACUGCCGAUAACUUCAGAACGAUAUUUACUACAAAUAUAAAGUUGCCAAAGUCUUUACAAUUGUUACAAUCAAGUAAAGGAUGAAAAGAUGCUUGAAAUGAAAACCAAGAUGAUUGCAUGAAAAAAUAUAUAGGCUACAUGGGCCUAUAUAUAUUUCAAUCGUAUUGAAAUCGAUUUAAUGUUCAAUUUAGUUCUAUUUUGCCAAUAGGCUACUGUCUGUAAUUUUUGCCAUGAUGUGUAACAACAUGUGCGCAAUGAUCUACUCAAUCUGAUUUAGUGCAUUAUUGUUGGGAAGCAUUUUUUAUUUUUUUAUUUUAUUUCACCUUUAUUUAACCAGGUAAGCCAGUUGAGAACAAGUUCUCAUUUACAACUGCGUCCUGGCCAAGAUAAAGCAUAGUAGUGCGAUAAAAACAACAACACAGAGUUACAUAUGGGGUAAAAACCAUAAAGUCAAAAAAUACAACAGAAAAUAUAUAUACAGUGUGUGCAAAUGUAGCAAGUUAUGGAGGUAAGGCAAUAAAUAGGCUAUAGUGCAAAAUAAUUACAAUUAGCAUGAACACUGGAAUGCUAGAUGUGCAAAUAGAGAUACUGGGGUGCAAAAGAGCAAAAUAAAUAACAAUAUAGGGAUGAGGUAGUUGGGUUGGGCUAGUUUCAGAUGGGCUGUGUACAGGUGCAGUGAUCGGUAAGGUGCUCUGACAACUGAUGCUUAAAGUUAGUGAGGGAGAUAAGAGUCUCCAGCUUCAGAGAUUUUUGCAAUUCGUUCCAGUCAUUGGCAGCAGAGAACUGGAAGGAAUGGCGGCCAAAGGAGGUGUUGGCUUUGGGAAUGACCAGUGAGAUAUACCUGCUGGAGCGCAGACUACAGGUGGGUGCUGCUAUGGUGACCAAUGAGCUAAGAUAAUGCGGGGAUUUGCCUAGCAGUGAUUUAUAGAUGGCCUGGAGCCAGUGGGUUUGACGACGAACAUGUAGUGAGGACCAGCCAACAAGAGCGUACAGGUCACAGUGGUGGGUAGUGUAUGGGGCUUUGGAGACAAAAUGGAUGGCACUGUGAUAGACUACAUCCAAUUUGCUGAGUAGAGUGUUGGAGGCUAUUUUGUAAAUGACAUCGCCGAAGUCAAGGAUCGGUAGGAUAGUCAGUUUUACGAGGGCAUGUUUGGCAGCAUGAGUGAAGGAGGCUUUGUUGCGAAAUAGGAAGCCAAUUCUAGAUUUAACUUUGGAUUGGAGAUUCUUAAUGUGAGUGGAAGGAGAGUUUACAGUCUAACCAGACACCUAGGUAUUUGUAGUUGUCCACAUACUCUAGGUCAGACCCGUCGAGAGUGGUGAUUCUAGUCGGGUGGGCGGGUGCCACCAGCGUUCGAUUGAAGAGCAUGCAUUUAGUUUUACUAGUGUUUAAGAGCAGUUGGAGGCUACUGAAGGAGUGUUGUAUGGCAUUGAUGCUCGUUUGGAGGUUUGUUAACACAGUGUCCAAUGAAGGGCCAGAUGUAUACAAAAUGGUGUCGUCUGCGUAGAGGUGGAUCUGAGAGUCACCAGCAGCAAGAGCGACAUCAUUGAUAUACACAGAGAAAAGAGUCUGCCCAAGAAUUGAACCCUGUGGCACCCCCAUAGAGACUGCCAUAGGUCCAGACAACAGGCCCUCCGAUUUGACACACUGAACUCUAUCUGAGAAGUAGUUGGUGAACCAGGCGAGGCAGUCAUUUGAGAAACCAAGGCUAUUUAGUCUGCCAAUAAGAAUGCGGUGGUUGACAGAGUCGAAAGCCUUGGCCAGGUCGAUGAAGACGGCUACACAGUACUGUCUAUUAUCGAUCGCGGUUAUAAUAUCGUUUAGGACCUUGAGCGUGGCUGAAGUGCACCCAUGACCAGCUCGGAAACCAGAUUGCAUAGCGGAGAAGGUACGGUGGGAUUCGAAAUGGUCGGUGAUCUGUUUGUUAACUUGGCUUUCAAAUACUUUCGAAAGGCAGGGCAGGAUGGAUAUAGGUCUGUAACAGUUUGGAUCUAGAGUGUCACCCCCUUUGAAGAGGGGGAUGACCGCGGCAGCUUUCCAAUCUCUGGGGAUCUCAGACGUUACGAAAGAGAGGUUGAACAGACUAGUAAUAGGGGUUGCGACAAUUUCGGCGGCUAGUUUUAGAAAGAAAGGGUCCAGAUUGUCUAGCCCAGCUGAUUUGUAGGGGUCCAGAUUUUGCAGCUCUUUCAGAACAUCAGCUGUCUGAAUUUGUGUGAAGGAGAAGCGGGGGGGGGCAUGGGCAAGUUGCGUUGGAGGGUGCAGAGUUGGUGGCCGGGGUAGUGGUAGCCAGGUGGAAAGCAUGGCCAGCCGUAGCAAAAUAAGCCACUUCAAUAUUUGCAGCCGUAGGUGCUAAUAUCACUCUUGGAGCUGAUCCGUCAUCAGUAUUGUGGAGUAAUUCUAAUGUUAAGGUAAGAUUUAUAAUAAUAAUAAUAUGCCAUUUAGCAGACGCUUUUAUCCAAAGCGACUUACAGUCAUGCGUGCAUACAUUUUUUUUUUGUGUGUAUGGGUGGUCCCGGGGAUCGAACCCACUACCUUGGCGUUACAAGCGCCGUGCUCUACCAGCUGAGCUACAGAUUUGAAUGGAGAAAGCUGUUCCGAGAGCAGCAUUUUUUUUUUCUUCCAGAGCCUAUGUAUCGAAACAUGGUCUAAUGACACACUUAUUAGCGAACGUUCUCUCUGCGUGGUAGGAACGAUGCAUCGUUAAAACAAUUGUAAACCUAAGUUCCGUCGCUAUCUGGGAACCGGGCCCAUUUAGUUCCAUGUGAGAUUGAUUAGAGGAUGAACACUAACAACAAUGAAGGUUUGGAAAUUGUUAGCCAUUCACCAUUGCCACCUCUGAGUUUUACAAUAAUUAGAUGCCAUUGGGCUACUUAUAGCAGGCAAGUAGAAAAUAACCAAAACACAUGUUAGGCUACCUAUGCUGAUAAAAUGUGUGUUUACUGUGAAUUGAUUGAAAUGGUGUUUGUUUUCAGGAGUCCCCCAACAUUCUGCCUCAUAACAUAUCAAGAAAACGUUUUUUUUUUUUACUGAUCCCCUGUAAAAAAAACAAGGCUGUUCAUAUUAUUUAAUUUUUAAUUUUUUGGGGGGGUAGAUCAGCUUUAAUAUUGCAGAUAGAUUGUAACUUCCAUCAAUGUAAUUGUCUGCAUCACUUCCAAUCCCCCAUAUGUUUAUUUUUCUCGCAAAUAUACACAUACAUACAUAUCCUUUAAAAAUCUAUAUAUUUCCCUUUCCAACCCCACCACCCCUUCCCUAAUUGGAGUAAACUAGUGAACAACAAUGCUUAGGCCUCUACUUCCAGCUUAUACAUACUAUAUACAUUUUAUGGACACAGUCAAUUUUACAAUAAUUCUAUUUUGUUUGUUUUUACUCCUGAACUUCCUCUACCCUCAACCUCUCAGAUCAUUUUCAUGAUGUCCAUCCGGUUUGCUUCUAUAUGCCAUAUCUUUCUAACUGUGCUCUUUCACAAAAGCUCUUAACCUAUAUACUUAUUAUGGACACAGUAUGCUUUACAUUAUUAGUUAUCUUGUUGUUGUUAGUUGUUGUUAGUUGUUAUUAGUCCCAUCCUUCAACUCCAUUCAACACAACCCAUCUAUCUCUUAACACCAUCCAUAUUAGAUUUCUAUUUGCCAUAUAUUUUUCAACUGUACUGUGAUGUUUUACAAAAGUUCUGAACCUUUCUAUUCUCAUUGUUUCUACAGAUUGUAAAUUGAAAAUAAACAUUUUUGCUAAAAGUAUUAUUAUGUUAUUGAUUGAUUGUUCAUUUUUAUUUCAGAACUCCACUUAUCACAUGCGACUGAAGUGUCAGUCAACAACACGGAGAACAAAUUGUGCCUCUACGCCAAUUUGAUGGUCAACUUCUCAGUCACAUAUGAAGUUGGUGUGAAUAAGGUGUGUGUUUACUCUUCUUUAAAUGUUUUUCUGUAUGUUAGUACACCUAGGCCUAUAAAUAACUCUUAAAUCAUUUCAUGUGUUGAGUUGAGCGUCUUACUUUGACAAAUAAAGUUGUUAUUGUAAUCACGGAGGGGACAAGAGGGAGUAACUGCAAAGAAAUGUCUUCUGUCUGUUCAGCAGUUUUCUGCGAUUUCUCCUGUCGAAUAUCCUGUAAUUGUCACUGCUUGUCUUGUUUCACCAGGGUUUGUCGAAGUUAUAGUCCCUAGCUAUAAAAAAGCCUAAUUAAGUGAUAAUGCCAGAGAAGCCGGUGUUUGGAGGAUAUAUUGGCACGGGUGUUGUAAGGCCCGAGACAAAGUCGAGGGCCGGCAAACCGUGCCAAUAUAUCCUCCAAACACCGGCUUCUCUGGCAUUAUCAUUUUUAUACAACGAUUUAGCAACAUAUUUGAAUAAUGAUUGACAUAUUUUCAUUAAAAACGUUAUUUUGAUGAAUUUAUUCAUACUAUUUAAUCCUUCCACAAGAUAUAGUCCCGACACAAAUCUAGGGUUGUUACCCAAGCCGGCUGGUCGUUCUAUCGGUUCGGUUGCUAGAGACGCAACCCAGUCGUUUUUAUUUAUUUUUGUUCUGUAUCUAUGGACGCGACCCAGUCGUUCUUUCUAAAUGUUCCAUUGCCAUACUGGCUGGCAACGUUCUUAUCCCUUGCUUGCUAGCCAACUACAGCUAACUUACAGUCUGCAGCCAGAAUAACUGCAAAGUAGCUGCAUUUGCAUUUGUUUAAGGUGUUUUCUAGUGACAUUUAUUUGGAUACAUCCAUAAUAAUGAGCUAAUGAGGCGCGAUUUCGCCUGGCAUAGAAAAUGUGCUCACUUGUCAGGACACUGUUGUUCAUAGGAGCUAGCCAACAACACAGCUAACACAAUCACUUCAAACUGAAGCUGGAAACACCGCAAACUAGCUGCACUUUGUUUCGUUUGACCUUUUUUCAAUUGACAUUUCUUUGUAUAUAUCCAUAAAAAUGAUGCCAGCUGAUUUAAUGAUUUCGACUGGCUGAGAAACACUGCCUGUCUGUCUCGUCCCGACUCCUGAUACAUUCAUUACUAUGAGACAGCUGGAGAUUGUUUCAAUAUUCAAAUUCAAUGUUGCAAAUGUCGGAGUGACAGACAGCAAGGUUUAGACAAAUCUCUGUUGAAAACUAAAUGUUAGUCUAAAAUAAAUGUUAGAUAAUAUCUAGAUGCUUUUUAUAGUGGAGAUGAAGUUUCUAAAUUGCUUGGCUGGGCUGAUGAGACAGUGGAUUGCGCAGUCAGAUGGAACAGAGCAAAUAAGCAUUUUACCGUCAUAGAUUUAGCCGGUGGUAACUUGUGGAAUAGACACCGAAUGGAAGGCGGUUUUAACCAAUCAGGAUUAGACCCACCCGUUUGUAUAAUGUUUCUUAUGAUUUUGUUCCUUUUAAUAAGUCCCAUCUCAGUUGGAUGAUUGUAGGUUGUUAAUUAAUGAUAGAUAAUUCCCACAUGUCCCAGAAUGAAAUAUUUUCCCUCCUAAUCCAUCAAAAGAAUGGACACACUGUUAUGUCAACUGUACUAUUUUGUCAUGAUGCAACCAUCUGAAAUGGCCCUGUUCCUGAGGAAGUACUUGACAGGAAUGGAUUCCCCUUUUAUCACAAUAUCUUAAUGACUGUCCAAUAUAUUUGUCCCCUUUCAGAGUGAAACUGUUAUUUUUGUACUGCCUGAAAAUGUGACAACCGAAGGGAGCACCUGCGAUAACACAACAUCGACAUUGAAACUCAGUUUUGGAGACGGACACAGCUGGGCUGUUAAAUUCACUAAGGAAAACAAAACCUACCAAGUAGAUACCAUUGUCUUCUCCUACAAUCUCAACGACACAAGCGUCUUCCCCAACUCUACGUCAAACGGUAACUACACAGCCUUGUCAUGAUACUGUUAAUUCAUGAUAUACCAAUUUGGUACUGUAGUUGAUAUGACACAUACUGAUAUUUGACAAUCUCUGUUGGGUUUAGAAACCAUGUCUGUGACGGUAAAACCAAUCAUCGCCAACGUGGGUGUGGACACCUACUACUCCUGCAAGAGCAAAGAUGUCCUGAAAGCAGAGUCUGUCAUUCAGACACUGUAUGAUGUUGCUCUACAGGCGUUUGUGAUUAACGGCAGCAAAAGUGACACCGGUAGGUAGUACGAGAACGAGCAUCAGGCCAUUGUAAGGUCAACUGUGCCAAAAUCGUAUAAUGAUUUGCUGUGCAUAAUAGAGUGCAUUCGGGGAGUAUUCAGACCCCUUGACUUUUUCCAAAUGUUGUUACGUUACAGCCUUAUUCUGAAAUUGAUUACAUUCAAUUAUUAAAGGCAAUAAUGACAAAGCGAAAACAGGUUUUUGGAAAUUUUACCACAUUUUUUUUAAACUACAGAAAUACCUUAUUUACAUAAGUAUUCAGAUCCUUUGCUAUGAGACUCGAAAUUGAGCUCAGGUGCGUCCUGUUUCCAUUGAUCAUCCUUGAUGUUUCUGCAACUUGAUUGGAGUCCACCUGUGGUAAAUUCAAUUGAUCAGACAUGAUUUGGAAAGGCACACACCUGUCUAUAUAAGGUCCUACCAUGAGGUCGAAGGAAUUGUCCGUUGAGCUCAGAGACAGGAUUGUGUCGAGGCACAGAUCUGGGUAAGGGUACCAAAAAAUUUCUGCAGCAUUGAAGGUCCCCAAAAACACAGUGGUCUCCAUCAUUCUUAAAUGAAAUAAGUUUGGAACCACCAAGACUCUUCCUAGAGCUGUCCGACCAGCCAAACUGAGCAAUUGGGGGAGAAGGGCCUUGGUCAGGGAGGUGACCAAGAACCCGAUGGUCACUCUGACAAAGCUCCAGAGUUCCUCUGUGGAGAUGGGAGAACCUUCCAGAAGGACAACCAUGUCUGCAGCACUCCACCAAUCAGGCCUUUAUGGUAGAGUGGCCAGACGGAAGCCACUCCUCAGUAAAAAGCACGACAGGCCGCUUGGAGUUUGCCAAAAGGCACCUAAAGGACUCUCAGACCAUGAGAAACAAGAUUCUCUGGUCUGAUGAAACCAAGAUUGAACUCUUUGGCGUCACGUCUGGAGGAAACCUGGCCCCAUCCCUAUGGUGAACCAUGGUGGUGGCAGCAUCAUGCUGUGGGGAUUUCUUUCAGCUGCAGGGACUGGGAGACUAGUCAGGAUUGAGGGAAAUAUGAACGGAGCAAAGUACAGAGAGAUCCUUUGAUAACCUGCUCCAGAGCGCUCAGGACCUCAGACUGGGGUGAAGGUUCACCUUCCAACAGGACAACGACCCUAAGCACACAGCCAAGACAACGCAGGAGUGGCUUCGGAACAAGUCUCUGAAUGUCCUUGAGUGGGCCAGGCAGAGCCUGGACUUUAACCUGAUUGAACAUCUCUGGAGCGGCCUGAAAAUAGCUGUGCAGCGGUGCUCCCCAUCCAACCUGACAGAGCUUGAGAGGAUCUACAGAGAAGAAUGGGAGAAACUCCCCAAAUACAGGUGUGCAAAGCUUGUAGCGUCAUACCCAAGAAGACUCGAGGCUGUAGUCACUGCCAAAGGUGCUUCAACAAAGUACUGAGUAAAGGGUCUGAAUACUUAUGUAAAUAUAACAUUUCUAAAAACCUGUUUUUGCUUUGUCAUUAUGGGGUAUUGUGUGUAGAUUGAUGAGGGCGACAUAAACAUAAUAAAAAUCGAUUAAGGCUGUAACGUAACACAGUGGGAAAAGUCAAGGGGUCUGAAUACUUUCCGAAUGCACUGUCAAACUAUUUUACUGUGUGUUCUCCAGGGUUGAGGUCAAUUCCAGUUCAAAAGGGUCAGUUCAGGAAGUGAACUGAAAUUCAGUUUACUUCCUGAAUUGAAAUGGAAUUGAUCCCAACCCUGUUGGUUCUCUGAACUUAAUAGGUGUUCUCUGUUCUCCCUACACAGACACCGUAUGCUCCGCUGACAUGCCCUCCACCACUGUGGCGCCCACCACCACCACCGUUACCACCACAGCUGCCCCCACUUCUACCCCUACACUGCCCACACCCACUACUGGAAAGUACAGCAUCGCACCCGACGUCAACAGCACAGCCUGCCUGAUGGCCACGUUCGGCCUGCAGAUCGGCUACAAGCAAGGAGACGUAUGUAUACAAGUAGGAUAGCGAUUGUAAAGUAGCCCCUUCAUUUUUAUGUUUCUUAUUUUAGCAUACAAUAGUCUGUUCAAUGGAAAAGGUUCAGAUAUGUUUGUCACAGAGAACAUGACUUUCUUGUGUAUGAAGAUAGGUUGUUGUUGUUGCUAGUAUGUUAGUGUUGUUGUUUACCAACCUGUGUUUUGCCCUUCAUUAGAAAGUGGAGACCAUCAACCUGGUGCCCAAUAUGACUAAAGUGGGCGGAGCCUGUAGGGCCAACAGCAGCGAUCUCAUACUGACAUCGGAUACAAUCACCAUCAUGUUGACGUUCAGCAACGUAAGGCGACGAAGCCAGACUUGUAUUAUCCUGCUCAUCUGCAUUUAGUGUGUAGACAGUUGGACAAAUACAGAGUAAGGUCUGUUUUCAGUCAAGCUGAUAAGUGUUUCCUUGUACAUUACAGGACGGCAAGAAGUUCCGCCUGCACGCUCUGAACGUCACAGUGAAACCAGCCACUGGUAAGCAACAAUGCACUACAAGCCCCUUCAGAAACCAAGUCCCUAGUUGGACGUUAAGAUAGAAUCAACUUUAUUCUCCCCAAGGGGAAAUCUUUCUUGGAAACAGUGUGGUUUUAUAAUAAAUAAAGACUAUACAUUACACACUCCACACAUGCACAGUAUAUGCAAUGCAUAUUAAAAGCACUCUCUCUCCUCUCUUUGCUCACGCUGUGUGUUAUGUCCAGGGGCGCCCGUCGUUGCAGCCAAUACCAACAUGUCCGUUUGGGUGGCGGCGGUAGGCAGCUCCUACAUGUGCAACAAGGAGCAGACCUUAAACGUCACCGACACGCUCACUCUCUACACUUUCGAGCUUCGCGUCCAGCCCUUCGAAGUCAACAAAGGCGAAUUCGCUUUAGGUAGGUGACUUUCUGAGAUGGCGAAUUUGCGUCAUUACCCUUAUGUUGUUAGCCGUAUGCUACAGGUUACUAGAGUCAAAUGCAGCUAACAUGCUUGAAACUGAGACGGACUAUAAUAACCAUUAUGGGCUUCAGUAGAAUAGGUUACAUGUCUAGUUUGGUGAGAAACGGGUAAGUAUUUGAGAUCAUGCCAUGCUUCUGCCCCUUUUUAAACUGAUUAACAACCAAAUGAUCAUGAGAAGAUGAGAUGUUCCAAGUUGUGCUCAUUGAUUCUCUCUCUCGUCUGCAGCCCAUCAAUGUUCACUGGAUGACACCAGCAUCUUAAUCCCAAUCAUUGUUGGUGCCGCCCUGGCCGGUUUGAUUCUCAUUGUAGUGAUUGCUUACAUGAUUGGGCGUAGGAAGACCUAUGUGGGAUAUCAGACCCUCUAAAAAGCAAUCUGUGAUCAUGAAUCUGUGAUAAUGAAUCCAGGACGCAGGUUGAUCCUUGUGUGUGUGGGGGGGGGGGGG